AUGAGCCCUCCAACAAAUCGACAAGAAAUCCUCUCGAAAUUCCGCCAACAGAUUCAAGAUGGAAAAACUCUCGUCGGCGCAGGAGCAGGAAUCGGCCUCUCCGCGAAAUUCAUCGAAGCGGGCGGCGGAGACCUCAUCAUAAUCUACAACUCCGGCCGCUUCCGCAUGGCGGGUCACGGAUCUCUCGCAGGUCUCAUGCCUUAUUCCAACGCCAAUGAUGUCGUCGUGUCCAUGGCUUCGGAGGUCCUACCCGUGGUGAAACAUACGCCUGUGAUUGCGGGAGUAUGUGGGACGGAUCCCUUUCGGGAUAUGGGGAGAUUUUUGGGGGAGUUGAAGGGGAUGGGGUUUGCGGGGGUGCAGAAUUUCCCUACUGUUGGGUUGGUGGAUGGGGAGUUUCGGAGGGGGUUGGAGGAGACUGGGAUGGGGUUUGGGGGGGAGGUGGAGAUGAUUCGGACUGCUCAUGAGAUGGGAAUGUUGACUACCCCAUAUGUGUUUGAUGUGCAUCAAGCGAGGGAUAUGGUCUCAGCUGGAGCAGAUGUGAUUGUAGCACACAUGGGACUCACAACUUCGGGGUCGAUUGGAGCGCGAUCGGGGAAGAGUUUGGAUGAUUGUGUCGAGUUGAUCCAGGCAAUUCGAGAUGCUGGGGUGGGUGUGAGGGAGGAUGUGAUUGUGCUUUGUCAUGGAGGACCGAUUGCAGCACCGGAUGAUGCGAGGUAUGUGUUGGAGAGGUGUCGAGGGGUUCAUGGAUUUUUCGGGGCCAGUAGUAUGGAGAGAUUGCCAGUGGAGCAGGCGAUUACUGGUAUUACGAGGGAAUUUAAAGGGAUUGUCAUGAAAUGA